AUGGCGGAGGAGAAUUCUGAUGCUUUGAACCCUAAUUUGGAUCGUGGUCCAAGAUCUCAUCCAACAACUAGGUCCACGUCCGCUAGAACAAUUCCGAUAUUCGAAGAAAUCUCGAGGCUCGGAGCAAAUCGACGUACAAGAUGGAAUUGGGAGGGUUUUCUUAACCGUUCAACUGGAAUUCAUGUUCAGGUUCCACAUGAACUGGUUCAUGUUCAUCAACCUAUUCCACCUAAUCCACACAACUCCUCCACGGAAUCAAACCAUCUUUAUGCCAAUUCCAAUAGCGGAGGUGCAUUGCAGGCUGGAGAAGGAGGUGUUGCGACCGAGACAUCGAAAGAGAAGGAUGAUGUUGCAAAGGGCAGUUGCAACGGUAGAGACCUUUUUAAGUGUUAUAUUUGUUUUGACGUGGCCAAUGACCCUAUUGUGACUUCUUGUGGCCAUUUAUUUUGUUGGCCAUGCAUAUAUCAAUGGUUGAAUGUGCAGUCAAAUUCUAAUAAGUGUCCUGUUUGCAAGGGUAAGGUGAAUGUUAAGAAUGUUACUCCAAUAUAUGGAGGUGGAAACAACUCUCAUGUAAGUGAAGCAAAGGAUUCUGAUCCUAAAAUACCUGCUAGGCCCCAAGGAAGGCGUGCUAAUAAUUUGAACCAAACCUUUGAGAGAGAUCCAUUUUCAAUCCUUAUGGAAAUGAUGGUUCAAUGUGUUGGAAACUCAGUUGGUCUUACUCAAGAUCCAUUUCGGCCAUAUAAUCCAGAAAAUGCUCGUCCUGAACAAGUUGAGAUUGAGAUUAUCACUUCGUUAUUGAGAAGGCUAGAGGCAUCACAAGACACGUGGAUUAAGAUGAUUUACAUGGGACCCCGAGAUGAUGUGGUGGGUUUGGUGAAUAACAAUGUUGUUAGAGGUUCUAGUAACCAAGAACAUACUCCUCUUGUUGAUGAUGCUUCAAGAACACAUAAUUUAGUUCAGCCGAAUGAACCAAACAAUGCUCGUCAUGAACAAGAUGAAGUUACCACUUCCUUGCUGAGAAUGUUCAUGACAUCUCGAGGCAUGAGGGUAGAGCUGGAUUUUGUAGAACCUCAAAAUGAGGUGGUGGGUUUGUUGCAUAACAAUGUUGGAAGAGGUGGAAGAAACCAAGGACAUCAACCCCAUGUUGGUGAUGCUUCAAGAGUACCUGAUGUCGAUAGUGGAGAUUAUCGAGCUCUAAGGCGUAGACGUUUGAAUUGA